AUAGGUAGUAAAAUUUAAAUCGGUUUUUAUUUUGACACGUAAUUUUGAAAGAUAAUUUUGUUAUUUUGUGUCGUAAUUUAUUAUAAUAAUUUUUUUUAAUUGAAUUAUUUAUUACAUUUUAUACCAUAGAAAAGUCCAUUUACUAUUACUAUGUCUGGUGAUGGAGAACUAUUAAAUACAUUGUUAAUACGAGAAACUUGUGGUGUUGAUUUUCGUAGAUCUUACCAUGUAGAACCAUCGCAAAGUAACUGGAAACCACCUAAAAUAAUUGUUAAAGAAGAAGCUAAAUCAUGGCAGUAUUGACCACAUUUUUUACGGUUGUUUUUUUACCACAUGGGUUCCCAGAUAGUGUUAGCAAAGAUUACAUUCCUUAUCAGAUUUGGGACAGCAUACAGGCUUUUGCCAGCAGUAUCACCGGAAGUAUUUGCACUCAUGCAAUUUUGAAAGGAGCUGGAGUUGGUGAUGAAACUGCUUCUCCCCUUGCUGCUACUAUCACAUGGCUAAUUAAAGAUGGAACAUCAAUGAUUGGAAGGAUAUGUUUUGCUUGGCUCCAAGGCACUAAGCUUGACAGUGAUUGCAAAAAGUGGAGUAAUAUGCUCAUAACUUUUUUCAGAUUAUUUGCAGAUGUUUUAAAUGACAUAGCAAUGUUUUUGGACUUGGUAUCAGCCUAUUUUCAAAAUCAUUUUACACUUAUAGUCUGCAUAUCAGGAUUAUGCAAGUCUUUGGUUGGAGUAGCUGGUGGAUCAACGAGAGCAGCAUUGACACAACAUCAAGCAAGAAAAAAUAAUAUGGCUGAUGUGUCUGCUAAAGAUGGAAGUCAGGAAACUUUAGUAAACCUUCUAGCUUUGAUAUGCAGUUUAUUUAUUGUACCUAUAGUUGCAGAGAGUUUUCUAUUAACUUGGAUACUGUAUAUUAGUAUGACUAUCGUUCAUUUAACUGCAAACUAUUUUGCAGUAAAAUCUGUAGUUAUGGAAAUAUUUAACAUUUCAAGAUUUAAAAUAUAUACUAGACAUUAUUUAAGUGAAGGAUCUGCUUCCCAGGACUUUCUCUCAGUAGCUGAAGUGAAUCAGAAAGAAAGUUUAUGUCCUUCUUUUAGGCCAAAAAGAGUAACUGUGAUAUUAGGCUCAUCAUUUAAAGAUGCAAUUCAAAGGAAAAGGUGGAAAGAUAUCAAAGAACUUUUAGAGAUCUAUAAGACCACUGACUACAUACUUUGUGUCUCCAAAACAAGUAUUUCUAAAUGUUAGUUACUGAAGUAUUAUCAGAAUGCUAUAAUUUAUAUUUUUAUGCAAAAUUUAAAGU